AGCCUGCGCCCCCAAACUCCGCCCGCGGUGGGGAGGAGGGGUCGCCCGGCACUUUGGCAGCACCCUAAAAAGUGCCGGCCUCGGCGCCGCACGCUCAGACUCCCAAAGGAGUCUGUCUGCAGCCCUCAAAGUUACCCGCCCCCUCUUUUCUGGAAAGAAAGAGCCGGGCUCUUGGAGGCCGAGGGGGGGGGGGAGAGCAAGGCUCCGGCAGUGGCCGAAAGAGAGAAGCUGCACUCAAAAGGCGGCGAGCAGCCCGGCGUCCAUUUUGAGUUGGUGGACAUGUUUUUGGAAUGUAGCAGUUUCUCCCGGCUGGGUGUCCCCCACUUCACGCCGCUGUGAGGGUAGGGGUGGCGGGGGUCGCUAUUUCAGGCCUGGAUACCAAACUCCUUGGAAGCGAUUUCUGGAUUCCAUUGCAAACCUGAUUUAAAGCGUCGUUCCUCCGGGCUCCCCCCUCCCCUCCACUUCUCCAGCAUCACUUUUUAUUCUCGGAACCUGACGCCAGCUCGCGGGGAACAAAAGAAAGGCGCCCCCAGGACCCCCCAGUUCUGCCCCAACUUUGGCCUCUGGCCUCCAGGCGUAGAUUGGGACACCCGAGGAGCUCCUCGCGGCGUGGGGCACGGCCGCCGACCCCCCUCCCGGCCCCUCCGGGGAGGAAAAGUUGUCCAUUGUGACUUAGUUGCGCUGAGCUCAGCGCUCGGGGUUUCAGCACCACGAACAGAUGCCGCCGCCAGAGCGCGGCCGGCCGCGCGCCCCCGCCCCCUCCCUCCCCGCCGCUCGCGCCCCUCCCCCUCCGCUCCUCCCCCUCCUCACCCGGCUCCCCGCACACGCGCUCCCGCCCCUUCCCCGCGCCGCCCGGAGCCGAGAACUUUGAGCGGCGCAGCCAAUGGCGCUCCCGGGGCUCCGAGGCUGGCGGGGGCGGGGGCGCCGGCGCCCCUCCCCGCGGCCCCUCCCCUCCGCGGGCCCGCCCCCGCCCCGCCGCACCCCCUGGCCAUCGAUCGCGCUUCCUUCGGAAUGCCGGCCGCAGCCGUCAGCGCCAAACUUGGACAGCGUCGCCCCCGCCCCCUCCGCGGCCGCUGAUGUGGCCCCCUCCGUCCUCUCCCAACUCCCGGCCGCCGAUCCGAUGGCCCCUCCCCGGAGGGGUUUUCGGUGGAGGGAGAGACGUGCACGAGACCGGCGGGGGUGGCGGCGACCGCGGAGCCGGAGAACUCGGAAGCCGGGUGCUUUGGGAGCCAUCACUGCAGUGCCUGUCACAGGUCCUCAGGUCAGCUCCUUGCAGAGGCUGGCCGGGCAAGGAGCGGCGGUGCUACCUCAGGUUAGGCCAAAGACUCUGAUUCCAGACAGCCUCCCCGUCACCCCAGGCCGGGACCGGCCGCCCAAGCAGCCCCCGACAUUCCAGAAGGCCACCGUGGUCAGUAUCAAGAACCCCAGCCCAGCCCUCCCCACCGCCAACAACACCGUGAGCCAUGUGCCAGCGCCCGGCAGCCAGCCCCAGGCCCUCGCUGAGCCCGCCGCCGUCGCCUCUCCCCUGAGCAGUGCCGGGGUGGCUUACGCCAUCAUCUCCACCGCCCCCAGCAAUGCCGCCGCCAUCGCCCCCAGCACCGCGGUGUCUGUGGUCAGCGACAGCGUCAAGGUCCAGCCCCUCCUCAUCAGCGCCGACAAGAAGGUCAUCAUCAUCCAGCCUCAGGUGCAGACGCAGCCCGAGAGCACGGCGGAGCCGCGGCCGCCCACGGAGGAGCCAUCUCAGGGAGCUCAGGCGACCAAAAAGAAGGAGGAGGACCGGCCCCCGAGCCAGGAGAACCCCGAGAAAAUCGCCUUCAUGGUAGCUCUGGGCCUGGUCACAACGGAGCACUUGGAAGAAAUCCAGAGCAAACGCCAAGAGCGGAAGAGAAGAAGCACAGCGAAUCCCGCCUACAGUGGCUUCCUGGAGACAGAGAGGAAACGGCUGGCGUCCAACUAUCUCAACACCCCCCUGUUCCUCACAGCAAGAGCCAAUGAGGACCCCUGCUGGAAGAGCGAGAUUGCUCAUGACGAGCUCUGUGCUGCCUGCAAGCGAGGGGCCGACCUGCAGCCUUGUGGCACCUGCCCGGGGGCCUACCACCUCAGCUGCCUGGACCCGCCCCUCAAGACCGCGCCCAAGGGCGUGUGGCGGUGCCCCAAGUGCCAGCAGAAGGCCUUAAAGAAAGACGACAGUGUGCCCUGGACCGGGAUGCUGGCCAUUGUGCACUCCUACGUCACCCACAAGACGGUCAAGGAAGAAGAGAAGCAGAAGCUGCUGCAGAGAGGCAGCGAGCUACAGAGCGAGCACCAGCAGCUGGAGGAGCGGGACCGGCGCCUGGCCUCGGCCGUGAAGAAAUGCCUAGAGCUUAAGACGAGCCUGCUGGCCCAGCAGAGGGGCACCCAGUUGUCCUUGGACCGCCUGCGGGCCCUCCUGAGACGGAUACAGGGCGGGCAGAGGCUGCAGGUCACCAUGGCAACCACCAGCCCCGCCCCGCUGCUGACCGGGGCCUGGACCAAGCCCCCAGCCGCAGCCAUGCACUCUGCCCUCCAGCACCCCCAGGGGCAUAACUGACCCCGCGGGACCGGCUUCACACCCACGGAAGGUUCCUGGGACCCCGCUCAGCAGACCUGAGGUUUCUGUCCGCCUUAAUUCAUAAGCACUAUGAAUUUCAGAUGAAAAUAAAACCCAACCAAGAGAGAGAGAGAAAAGGAGGGAGAAGGAACCGGGUGGAAGUCCUAGAGCCGGGACCGGUGGGGACGGAGUCCUCCUGUCCGCGUUCCGACGGGACGCCAAGGAAGCCAGGUGGGCACGGGACGGCUGGGGACGCAGUCAGCGCCCGGCUCUUUGGGGGCUGCCCAGGCCUCCGGUUUCCAGGCACCGCUGUCUCCUCGGCUUCGGGCUGCCCCCCCGGAGAGAGAAGGGCAGAGGUGGGGAGGGGAGCCAGGAACCCGAAGACCUAGCUAAGUAGUAGCAGUAGUUGGGACGAGCAGUGGGUAGCGAAUCUAGGUAGCACUCCGCGCCCCUCCCCGGCUCGAGGCC